UGAUCAACUUAUGACUGAUCAACAGCAAGCUGAUAUUGAUCGGACUGAAGACGAAUGUGAUCAGAGACUUGAUCAGGUCAAGAGCGUAAUUCAAACUGUGCUAUGGAAUGACUUCGGGAGUCUGGAACUAUGUAAGGCACUUGAAGUUGCGGAAGCAGAGUGCAACCGCAUAUCCUCCCUUCCACCCGAUGCUGGUGUAGAGUCCUAUGGUUUUAUGCUCGAGUAUCUGGAGGGUCUCAUUAAGAGGGCAAAACUAGCUGACUUGCAGUGGAAUAGGUGGGCCCCAGAGACUGAGCAGAAAGAUCUGAGACACCGUAUCAGAGAACUCGAACUGUCAUUUCCAAGACUAAUGUCAAGUAAAGCCAAACUGAUCCAGACUAAAGUAGAGCAAGAGAGGUACUCUGUUGCGUCCCUAGCUCCCCAGCAAGCCUCCCCUCAACCCACCAUAAAACUAAAACCAACAUCGUUGCCAAAGUUUGAUGGUAACAAGAGGAAUUUUUACCGGUGGAGAAAAGACUGGGAGGCUUUGCAGAACCAAGGGGAUCCAACAGGCUCUACUGAGGUUAAAAAGUUUCAACUUCUGGACAGUCUCGAACCAAAAGUUUCCAAAAGGCUUGGGCUGUCCAGUUACGCAACUGCUGAGGAGAUAUUUGGUAUAUUAGGAAACCGAUAUGGCAACAAAGCAUCGAUCGCACUUGAGGUGGACGAGGAAUUACAAGCACUGCCGAGUAUAAAAGGGAACCAGCCUAAAAAGAUAAUUGAGCUUAUUCAACAUAUCCAAAAAGCCAUACACGAUCUGGAGGACCUGGGUGACACAACUGCCCUUAAAAAUCCUCUCAUUACCAGAUCACUUGAAAGCAAGCUGCCUUAUGAUUUGAGGAAGGAGUGGCUAAUCCAUGUGGCAGAGCUCGAAGCAACCGGUCCAAUAAACCGGUUUGAGACAUUGCUUGUAUUUUUACAGACCCAAGAAAAAAUAUACGAGCAACUGGAUCAACUUGGUGAUGAAGAACCCAAAGACACACGUAGGAAGGAAACAAAACCAGUGUCCAGACAGGCCAAUACAAAAGCUACAUCAUGUUUGGGCAAAUCAGAGUGUAAUCUUUGUGGUAAAAGCGGUCACACCAGACGGCUUUAUCGCUGCAAUAAGUUCAAGGCUUUGAAGCCAUCUGAAAGAAGAGAUGCAGCCAAGCGCCUUGGUUCUUGCUGGAGGUGCCUAGAGACGCAUAACAGUAGUGAAGGAUGCAAGAGUACUUUUCUGUGCAAACGGCAAGAGUGUGUGGAGGGUAGAUACCCAGCCCAUCAUUUCUACCUCUGCCUAGUGGAAAAUGACAAAGGGUCCACUCCAGGGAAGACUCAGUCGCGUCCUAAACCAAGCAAGGAACGAUUAAAAGCUCAGGAGGAGUUUCUGAGGAGGCUGUCUCCUGACUUGGCCCAAGAAUGUCGAAAUGCGUUUUGCAACGCUUCAGCAAGUUCUUUUAGUUCAACGCUUGCUGAACAUGGGUUGUUGUCCAAGGCUGGCAUUGAGGAGUUCCCCGUCAUAAUGAUGACCUUGGUGGUCACAGCAGAUACCGGUCAAAGGAUUGGGACUCUAAUUGAUUUGGCCUCUGACACAAAUUACAUAACUCGUGAAGCAGCGGAUGAGUUGAACCUGAGAAGUGAGGAUGUAACCCUUCUCGUCAAUGGAGUUGGAGGCAUGCAAAUAAAAGUCGAAACAAAGAGAUAUCUGCUGAAAAUAAAAGUAAAAACUCAUAGAGGCGUCACAAGAUCCCAUCAGUUGGUAUGCUAUGGUCUUGACAAAAUCGCAGAUGUCCAUCAUCACAUCUCACCCAAAACACUGCAACUCAUAUUUCCAGAUGUAUCGCGACGUGAGCUUGUAAGACCAAGAAAGAUCCAGCUACUCAUAAGUCACAAGGAGGGAAGACUGAUACCUCAGAAAAUACGCACCAUGGGGGAUCUUGUAUUAUGGGAUGGUCCCCUUGGCAAAACUGUAGGUGGUACACACCCUGCUCUCAAAGAAGACAUGGCUGUACAUGCACAUACAUCAAAGACGCACUUUGCACGAUCCAUGAGGACAGCAGCUGAAAGAUACAUAGAGCAUCGCAGUAAAAAUUCAUUAGGCUCCCCCGUGUCGUGUGCCAUGACCACUACAGCUUGCCACGAUUUCAUGGAGUGGUGGAAGUGGGAGAGUAUCGGUGCGGCAUGUGGAGGCUGCCGCUGCGGUAAUUGCCAACCAGGAGGAAAGAAGAUGUCCUUGUCUGACGAGAAAGAACUGGAACUUGUAAGAAAUGGCUUGACGUAUGUUGCCAGUGAUCAUCAUAGCAAGGAACCACAUUGGCAUGCCAGUUACCCCUGGGUGGAUGACCCUGCUACAUUGCCAAACAACAAGCGAGCUGUGGAAGCCACCUUUCUGAAGACGGAGAGGCAAUUGACGAAGACACCUGAGUUCCAAGAGUGGCCAGUGAAAUCUGCCAAAGAUAUUGCCUCAGAAGCCCGGGAAAACACCAUCCGGAUCCAAAAGAAGGCGUUUGUGGCUGUGACUACAAGAGCUGAAAAGAAGAAGUCACUGGAUCCUAGUCCUAACAAAACCCCAGUCGAACAUCACAGACCACCCUGCGAGCUCGCAGUUAAAAACUUGAUCGACGUUAAACGCUUUAGCAAUUUAAGACGACUGCUAAUGAUAGUUGCAUUGGUUUGGCGGGCAUCCAAGAAAUUUCUGCGGACCAAAGCCACAGGAAGAGCAAAGUGGGAGGCAGUCCCUCCUAGUGGACCCAUCUCUGCGAUCGAAAGACAAGAUGGUUUCCGGGACCUUUGCCUGGCUGCCCAAGAUGGAGUUAGUUUCAGCAGUACGACAACUGACCGUCUUGUUGUGUUUGCGGAUCAGGAGAGUGGGCUGCUAUUAUGCGGUGGUCGUAUUCAACAUUUUAGAGACGACGGCGCUGCCGUACCCUUGCUACCUCAUCACGCUUGGAUUGGAACACUGCUUGCACGACAGGCUCACAAGAAAGCUCAUGAGGGUGUCGCAGGUACUCUUUUACAGAUGCGGCAAAGAGCAUGGGUCGUUCAAGGGCGGAGACUAGCCAAGAAAGUAGUCAAUGAGUGUCUUUUUUGUAGGAAAAUGAGAGCCAAGACCUGCCAGCAGGUGAUGGGGGACCUGCCAACUGUAAGAACAACACCUGCAGCUCCAUUCCAGUUCACCAGUAUUGACCUCUUUGGUCCUUACCUUGAUAGGGACGAUGUAAGAAGAAGAGUUAAGAUAAAGGUGUGGGGGGUCCUUUUCUGUUGUAUGGUCAGUCGCGCCAUCCAUAUCGAACUGGCAAGUAGCCUAUCUACAGAGAGUUUCCUGCUGGCAUACCAACGGUUUACAGCUUUCCGGGGUCAUCCAGAAAAAGUGUGGUCUGAUCAAGGGACUAAUUUUGUUGGCGCAAAACCAGUACUGGAAGAACUAUACUCCUUUCUACAAGGUCAGAACCAUAAAGAGCUGGCAGAAUAUGCUAACGAACAUGGCACUUGCUGGGCAUGGCAGAUGGUUCCUGCUGAUUCGCCUCAUCGGAACGGCGCUGCUGAGGCGGGAGUGAAGAUAGCAAAGAGGGCCUUACAGAAGCUGGGGCAAUCUGCAGUACUUACCUUUCAAGAGUUCCUUACAGUGCUCCAGCUGGCAGCGAACCUUGCUAAUGAGCGGCCCAUCGAUGCGAGACUCCAGAGUAGAGAAGAUCGUAUCGAAUAUGUUUCGCCGAAUUCACUACUCCUCGGAAGAGCAUCUCAAAAUGGGGAUUUCGCAUGCUUUUCCUUUGCCAGGUAUCCUUACAGGCGCUUACAAGAGAUCCAGGUCCAGGUCGACGGUUUCUGGAAGGCGUGGUCCCAGCUAGCUGGGCCCAACCUAUUCAUCAGGAGCAAGUGGCACACGGCGGAGAGGAACGUUUCGGUUGGAGACAUCGUCUGGAUCUGUGACCAGAACGCCCUGCGAGGACAAUUCCGGCUUGGAAAGGUCGUGGACGUGUUUCCUGAUGCCAAGGGAAAGGUGAGAGACGUCAACGUGUCCGUCACAUCAGGAUCUUGCGGACAAAUAUACUGCCCAUCAUCGACCUCUCCCCGGACCUCGAGGAACUCGGACCCGGAUUCUACUCUUCGUCGUACCAUCUUGAGGAGGGACGUCAGGCGUUUGGUGGUGUUACUUCCUUUGGAGGAGCAGGACAUCCAGAACUGAUGGAUUGGCAUAGGAGCCUUGGGACAUUCAUGGACAAAUGCGACCUUCCCAACGUUCCUUGGGGAAGCUCGAGUGGGAGGUGUUGCACUGCUCUCACCACCCCUUAAUGAGAUCCAGGUGUGUGAGCAGGUGAGGACAAUGCCCAAUCAGGCAGGCUCUACAGCCACACUGUUUAAAAAGGUGGCAGUGUGCUGUGUGGAAAUGAGCCCUGAGCACACUGCUUCCCUGAUGACAGCCGGUUUUUCACCUGACUGCCUGACUGCCUGCUGCCACUGCUGUGUUUGCUGCUGCACAACCACUGAUGCCGUGUCAAUGUGGAAAUAAAUGUGGAAAAAGCGAAGAAGGCUGAGUGAAUUCCUUCAACAAUCAGGGAACUGGGGCUACUCAAGUCUAGCGACUCAGGGUUUUGGAAAAGGACUUGA